AUGGCCGUUCAGAAACCAAGCAAGGGCUCCAUUACUAAACCUACUGACUCUGCAGAAGAGGUGUUUGCCAAGGAAGGCAAAGUAGCAGGCCAUAUACUCGAAAAGUUAGAUGAUGAAAUCCUCAAUAUCAACCGAAUGCAACAUGGACUCAGAGGGGCAUCAACUAUGAAACAACCCAGUAUUGAAGAAGAAAUAGAACUACAUGACAGUGGAAAGGAAGAUGAAGCCAAUGAGAACUGGCAUAUUGCAUCAGAAUAUUACAAGAAUAUCGAUACUAAAGCUUUCCGCCAGUAUGAUUUAGCAUGUGACCGGGUCAAACAAUUUUAUGAAGAACAACACGAGAAACAAACAGUAGCGUACAAUAUUCAAGCCAGAAUUAAUUUCAAAACCAAGACUAGAGCACGAAUGUCCAUUUGGGAAGGGUUAGAAAAGUUGAACAAGUUACUUGACGACUCUGAUCCUGACACUGAGCUUUCCCAAAUUGAUCAUGCGAUACAAACAGCUGAAGCAAUAAGAAGAGACGGGAAACCACGAUGGUUUCAGUUAGUGGGAUUGAUUCACGAUCUUGGUAAAUUAUUAUAUUUCUUUGAUUCGAAAGGACAGUGGGAUGUCGUGGGUGAUACAUUCCCAGUAGGGUGUAAAUUCCUGAAACGGAUUAUAUUCCCCGAUAGUUUUAAAGUGAAUCCUGACUUUUUAAACCCAUUAUAUAAUACCAAAUACGGUAUUUAUUCCAAACAUUGUGGCUUGGAUAAAGUAAUGCUAAGCUGGGGCCAUGAUGAAUAUAUGUAUCAUGUGGCAAAGAAUAAUUCAACCUUACCUCAAGAAGCUCUUGCUAUGAUACGAUACCAUUCAUUCUACCCUUGGCAUCAAGAAUAUGCUUAUAGUUAUUUAAUGGAUGACCAUGAUAAAGAAAUGUUGAAAGCUGUAAGAGCUUUCAAUACUUAUGAUUUGUAUUCCAAAAUUGACCAACAAUAUGAUAUUGAAGAGUUGAAACCUUAUUAUUUGGAAUUGAUUGAUGAGUUUUUCCCUAAUAAGGUUAUUGACUUUUAA